AUGCCUGGCAAGCGAAACAAGAGGAGGGUGUUCCUCGAGCAGCUGGGAAAGGCACUAGUGACUCCGUUCAUACAAAGAAGGGCCCGUCUCCCUCGCACCGAAGCCUCUGCGGCGCUCGUCAAAGCUGUUCAGAGGGCUACGUAUCGUGAUCAGCCCCGGCGGGAUCACGCCCCCGCAGCACCGGACCACGCAGCACCGGCCCAAGCACCCAACCCCGCACAACCCAGUAAGAGGAAGAGUAUAUCACUCUGUAAUCUGUUUCUCUCAGGGACAGUUCAGGUUGCUGGUUCUGCUGAGCCCAUUGUGGCCUUAGUUGGCGAUGACGUCAUCCUCCCUUGCACCCUGAGACCCACCAAUAGCGCUGUGUAUCAGACAGUAGAAUGGCAGAGACCUGACCUAAAACCAAAAGAGGUGCAUCUUUACAGAGAUGAGAAGGACGACCUUGUACUCCAGAAUCCAUCAUUCAGGGGAAGGACGUCACUGUUUAAAGAAGAACUAGUGGAAGGCAACGCUAGUUUAAAGCUGACCAGAGUGGAACUUUAUGAUGCUGGAAACUACACCUGUUACGUUGCACUGUUGGACCACCAGAAAACCACCAUUCAACUCAUUGUUGGUGCAGCGUCUCGACCAGUAAUCUCCAUUGAAGGAAUCAAAGGUGAUGAGGUGGUCCUGCGCUGUGAGGCUGAAGGCUGCUACCCAGAGCCUGUCAUGGAGUGGUGUGACGUUCAUGGACGUGUCCUCCCUGCUGCUGGACCUCCAGAGACAUCCAGAGACCGUGAAGGCUGCUACACUGUGACAAGCCAUGUCAACGUCCCGAAAACGGACAACAACACGUUCACCUGUCGGGUUCAACAGCCGGAGAUCAAACACAUGAAGGAGAGACGGGUUCAUAUUCCAGAUCAAAUGUUUCCUAAGCAGUGCCAGUCC